UAUAUCUUUCCUCCAGGUAUCUCACGUCCUGUCGUCACCAUGCUCGAUGUGACCCCGGCCAACGCCCUGGUCUACACGACGCUAUGCGGCUUCAUGCUAGUCGGCCUCUACGCCGGCUGGCAUGUCAAGAGCAAGUCCGACUUUAUCAGCGGUAUUCGAACGCAGACCAGUGAGCCCUCGUCAGCCUUCGUGCAAUGGCUGCUACCGGAACGUGGGUGUCGCUGAUCACAACGACGUCAAAUUAUCAUCCAUCUAAUCUAGUCUUUCCACUUACGCUCAACUGGAUCGCUUCGAGUUAGUGGAUCCGCCGUCCGUCUAUU